GUCUCGGGCCAAAGGGGAGAGCCUGAUAUCCGACACACCUCCUCCGAUCUAGCUAGGCUCCUCCUCACCCACUCCUCUUCGCCGCGGCAUCUCACCCACCGUCCCGCUCACGGCGCCGCGCCGUACCUCCCCGCCGGCCGCCGCCGCCGCCGCUGCCCCCGCCCCAGCCCACUCCCCUUCCCCGCCGCAUACGGGGCGCUGCACCUUAGCCCCUCCCACCGUCUCAUGGUCGCGCUCCUACGGCCUUCGUUCCCGACCCUGCUCCCGCCCUGCUGCUCCUAUGCCUGGGUAACGCCAGCCGGUCGCCUCCGCCUAUGCCCUCGUCGCCGUGGCCUGCUCAAAUCGUCUCCGCCGGCAGGCCCUCCUCCGCGCCCCCGUGCAGAUCGACGCCUCCUCCUCCUCCUACAGAUGGCCGCCGCGUUGUCCAACCAUUAGACGCCGGCAAGCUUCUACUUUGGGGUCAAGAUGAUCAGCGCCACUAGCUUUUCUACCUGUGUGCCUGAAUACGAUGUUCCUGCUGUUGACGAAGCAGUGGAUACAUCAUGGAAGAGGGAACCGCCUUGGAAGGCACUUUUCCCAUCCACAGCACAACAAAGGCAUCCAACUAUAUGCUCCGAUGGCUCUUGUGAUGCUACUGUAGCGCUGCUUCAGUCAACUAAAGAUGUUGCCACAAAGAGAGUGUCACACAUACUGCAAAAGUUAAUAUGGUUGGUUCUGACAAGCAUCUUGUGAAGCACUUGCAAGUGUAAGUUGCUAGGCUAGAAGCAGAGAACUAAGGACCGCCUGCCAUGCCUCCUCUUCCGAGAUCUGCAUAAUUGAGGACAGGAAAAUUAGACAGCCCUAGGUGGGAACUACGUGCAGUUUGGUGUGUUUGAGCUUUAUGGUGACAGAGCACUUGUGGAUGCGCUUGAUAUAUCUUUAAAGACGACCCUGUCAAUACCAUUGUCUGGUAUAGACAUUUAAAAAGGAGAUUUGAUGGCACUAUGCAGGUGGCAGCAUUGUCAUUCAUCAUGGUGUACAUGAGGGCUGUUGAUACGCCGGAUAACUGCUGGUUCUGAGUGUUGGUACACGCAUGGGUGCAGUUCCACAUCUUCAUGCACAUCGGGUGGAACUUCAGGAUCCCUGAAGCAUCACUCCACCAGCCGGUCAUGCCCCUGAAGAAGUGAAACUGGGAGAUUGCCAUGCCACCCAUUUACAGCAUGGUAUGGUCACGACCUUAGUUCAUUUCUUUAGCAUGUUGUAUUCUUGUGGUCUGAAAUGCGCAAUGCUUACUAGAAUGCAUUAUGGUUGUGGCCACGGUGAUCUUGCUUUGCUCGGACGGUCUAGAUAGAUUGUCGCUGGAUUAUUUCAUUUGCAUGCACAGAAUAAGAAUAUACAUCUUGCCUCUGUCGCGGUCCAUGCCAUGCCAACACCUUGGCAGCGGCCUGGUUCCCUGUCCAACCAACGUGCCAAAUGUGACGGCGAAGACCUCCCGUGCAGUAGCAGCGCUGAUGUCAUUGACAGCGGCUGUUGACACACAGGCCUACCGGGGGCUGGAUUCCAGAUAGAAGAAAUGUUGAAUCACAGCCUUUGCAGCACCACCUCUUUUCUUCUUGAGAUGGAAGAAAUCCAAGCUCCCCACAUAACAUAUACAGAGCUCUCCCUGAGUCCCAGGCCUCGUUUUUUGCUCCGGGGCAAUUUCUUUUUGCUCCAUGCCCACCGAGUGCAUCUUCUCUUGGUCCUUGUGCUGCGAGCACCGAUAUCUGCAAGUGAGAUUGCUCGGCUCCUCACACAAGCCUUUGGUUAGACCAAAACAGGUCAUACAUAGCGGAAGCAGGAAUUGCUUGGGCGAUGGGCUUAACCAUGAUCUCCUUUCCUUCCAGUCCACUGACAAGAAGGGUUCCAGUUCGAGCGAACCCAGGAUUGUUUUUCCACAAGCGGUCUCUGGUGUACUCAAAGCAUUGUGUUACUGAACCAAGGUAUUUACCAUUGGUCGUUCGUUGCUGCAACCCUAGCGCCUGCGUCACCACAUGCUUGACGGCAGGUCUCCCUAGUGUUGUUGCUGGACAUGAUAGAUAGACGACUUAUCCCGGUUAACCAUCUUCCCGGGAGCGGCCUCGUAAAUAUGCAGGAUAUGACCGACCUCGGCCGCACCUUGUGAUGUACUCCCUCCUUCCGGAAAUACUUGUCAUUGAAAAUGGAUGUAUCUAGAUGUAUUUUAGUUGUAGAUACAUCCAUUUCCAUCCAUUUUGAUGACAAGUAUUUCCGGGAGCCACCUUGAUGCCACGGAUUCGCCAUUGCUGGGAUCACCGUGUCCGUGUCCGUGUCCUUGACCUUCAACUUUGAUGCUAUGAGUUUUACAAAGUUGUCACAAAACCCCAACAGGGCAGGAAUGGUAGUUUGAAGGAGAAUUCUUGUGCGUUGCAUUCCAGCAGAAUUGGAGACAGAGAGGAGUCUGGAAGCAGAGCGUCAAAUUCCAUUUCCAGCACGAAUUAGAUAUAAAGAGGGGGGCCUAUAUGCAAAGUAGCAGGGGAAUUUGCAAGCAGCUGACAGCGGGUCCUAUGGGCCAACGGACACUGGGACGGAAAAGGCGGACGGCGUUGGCAAGCCCACUGGCCGUGGCGAGACGCUGACGUGCGGGCCAGCUUCAGGCUGGGCCCGCACGUCAGCCACAGCUGCCCGCGAACCGACAUAGCCGCCCUCCGUUAAAUGGGGGCAGGGAGCGGGACGGCGGUUACUGUUUUGUUUCGGUGCCGUCCCCGUCCCCGUCCCCAAUCCACCCCCUCUCCCUCUCCCGAGCCCGAGCCCGAGGCCGAUCCCCAAUCCCCACCCAAUCCGGCGAUCCCCACCCAAUCCCGCCGCCGCCCGCCGCCUCCAUGGAGGAGGAGGAGGCCCUCGACUCCUUGCCGGGGGAGCACACGCUCGUCGCGGUGCUCCGCCGCCACGCCGAGACCGGCGAGCUCCCGGCGUGGGUCCACGAGGUGAACGUCUACGCUGCCAGCCCGGUCCUUCUCACCGCCGACCGCAAGAAGGUCAUCGCGGAGGACGGAUCCACCGCUUGGUUCUUCCUCUACACCCCCGCGCGCAAGGAGGGCUCAUCCUCCCGCUGCAGCCGCAAAGCGGGCGGCGCGACCUGGAUCGAGGAGCGAACCAGGCCCGUCGAGAAGGCCGGUGCCGACGGCGGCUGGGUCGUGAUCGGACACGCGAGUACCUUCACCUACGGCAAGCGGACAAAAGGCCCCGACAAGAAGAGGAGGACGGAGCGGCUCGGAUGGAUUCUCGUUGAGGUCCGCCUCCCAGGCGAGACGAUGUGCUGCGCCAAGCUCUACCGGUCGCCCAGGAAGACGUCUGCGGCCGCUCCUCCUCCUCCCGCGGCUCCUUCGGCCGCGGUGAACGCUCCUCCUCCUCCCGCGGCUCCAGAGGCCGCGGUGAACGCUCCUCCUCCUCCCGCGGCUCCAGAGGCCGCGGUGAACGCUCCUCCUCCUCCCGCGGCUCCAGAGGCCGCGGUGGUACCUGCUCCUCCUCCCGCGGCUCCUGAGGCCGCGGUGGUGCCCCCUCCCCCUCCCGCGGCUCCAGAGGCCGCGGUGGUACCUGCUCCUCCUCCCGCGGCUCCUGAGGCCGCGGUGGUGCCCCCUCCCCCUCCCGCGGCCCCAGCGGCGGUGGCGGUGCCCCCUGCCCCGGCACCAGCACCAGCUCCAGCCCCAGCGCUGGCCGCGCCCGCACCUCCAGCACCAGCUCCAGUCCCAGCGCUGGCCGCGCCCGCACCUCCAGCACCAGCUCCAGUCCCAGCGCUGGCCGCGCCCGCACCUCCAGCCCCAGCGCUGGCAGUGCCCGUUCCUCCAGCCCCGGCACCAGCCCCGGUGGCUCCUCUGGCUCCAGCAGCACGCUCUCCCCCAGCUCCAGCAGCACACUCUCCGACGCCGGUGGCUCCUCCAGCACCCGCAGAUUCCAGUCCGGACAAGACCUGGGUAAACGUGCUGGUCUCCAAAUUCCCCACGAAGCUUAGUGACAAGGGCAUGUCGAAGCGGGUCCACAAGUUGCUCCUGCCCUCUGAAGGUGGCUUCGACUCUCCCCCCGCCAAGAGAAGGCUGCUCAGCUGCACUGGCUGGCUAAGCAUCAACACUCUCGAGGGAUCAGCUUAGCUACAAGGAACCUUAGUGUGCACCUAAUCUCAUUGCUCUGGAUUACUCAAUCGUAGGUUUACAUUCAAACCUGUCGUCUCUGCUUCACAAUGAAAGUGCAGGAUUCCCUUGACAAGAAGUUGCGAUAUAGAUGAAAUAUUCCUUGCUAUUCAAAGUGAACAACCCUGAAUGUAAUCUGUAGUUUCCUUGUCUUUCUGUAGUGAAAACUCUGAAUAUAAUCAGUAGCUUGAUGAAAAUUUACCUUCCAACUUGAACUUGUCUUCUAUCUUGAUGAGUGUGGUUGUAAUGAAAGUGCGGGAUUCCGUCGACAGCAAGUUGCCAUAUAGAUGAAAUAUGUCUUGCUAUCUUCUGCUUUAUCAUUCGGAUAUUGAUUUCUACCUCCUUCGGGGGAGCAAUGGCACCAACAUUAGUUUACAUUUCAAGAUUCUGAAAUGUAUAUGCUGUCUCUCGAGGGUUCGGCUUAGCUUUCUCUGGAUCAUAUUGUUCAUGUUCUUAGCAGCAAAAAAUGGUUUCAAGAUUCUGAAAUGUAUAUGCUGUCUCUCGAGGGUUCGGCUUAGCUUUCUCUGGAUCAUAUUGUUCAUGUUCUUAGCAGCAAACAAAUGGUUUCAAGAUUCUGAAAUGUAUAUGCUGUCUCUCGAGGGUUCGGCUUAGCUUUCUCUGGAUCAUAUUGUUCAUGUUCUUAGCAGUAAACAAUGGUUUCAAGAUUCUGAAAUGUAUAUGCUGUCUCUCGAGGGUUCGGCUUAGCUUUCUCUGGAUCAUAUUGUUCAUGUUCUUAGCAGCAAACAGUGGUUUCAAGAUUCUGAAAUGUAUAUGCUGCCUUGGAGGAAUGGCUGGGUAGCAGUAUGGAUGUCCAUACUGGGAGACAAUUUUUGUCAAUGUAGAAUUAGUAUGAAUGUAGAUAUACUCCCUCUGUAAACUAAUAUAAGAGCGUUUAUAGAUCACUAAAACAGUAAUCUAAACACUCUUAUAUUAGUUUACGGAGGGAGUAGUUUAUAUUGGGAAAUAUCUUGCUUGUAAGGUAUAUCUGCUCCCAAACUGCUUUAUGAAAUCUUUUUGUAUUGGACUCGGCAAGAGUCAAGUAGAUAAUAACACUACAACAUUGAUACAACUGCUGUCUGUUUUAUUUUGCAUUUAUUUGAUAACUCUUAUAAAGAAAAUUUUAGCCGUGACGAGUAGGAAUGGAGACAUGUUAGGCUUUCAACAGGGUGAAGUUUCCCAUCUCAUGCCAUCAUGGUUUGUUUAGCCUUUUCUGAAUAAGUUCAUGGUCUUGGUCACUCCUUUCUAUCAUCAACUCUGAUCCUGUGGUAGCCAACUCUUAUCUUGUGCAGACUGUGGAGUUGGCCGAUAUGCUCAUGUCACUGAACCAUCACAGCCAACUGGAAGCAUAUGUCAAUGUCCUGAAGGAACUACCCAGUUCUGAAUAAACUCACUCUCAACCUACAGAGUUUCGGUUUGUAUUUAGCAGGUUCACUGUCGACCAAGAGCUCAAAAACAAUAACAUCCAACAGUGAAUUUACAAGUUGGCAUUCAAACCUUGGUCGUUCCAUCCAAACAACAGUGACUAUCCAUCUUACCCUCUGGAGUCUGUUUUACAGUGAACACCCAUUUGCAUCCAAUUGCUCUUUUUCCUGCUGGGAGUGGGAGAAGAUCCCACGUCUUGUUCUUCUGAAGUGCACCAAGCUCCUCCUUCAUCGCGUCUAUCUUUCCACCGGGGGAAGCAUCUGCCUGGAUGUCUUGAUGGAGAGCUGCGUGGAUCUGCGCAAUGGACAAUUUCAAAGGUGUGUGUCGUCACCCUCUUAUUAACUAACCUGAACACUGAGGAAGAAGCUAUGGUUCAAAGGAUUCAAAACCGCCGCCUCUGUUUUUGUUCCCUGUCUCCGCCAUCGUCUCUUCCCUGCCUCCGUGACCGGCUCCUCCACUGACCACAUGUGCCCGUGGACUUCCACAGGCGAUCCCUCCUCCUCUGACCACAUGUGGCUCGCCAGCACAGCUGCUCGAUCGAUUGUUUCAGCUGGAUUGUGUACAUAAAUCAUGAGACUUUUCAGCCUACUCUUGUUGAGAUCAGCAUAUGGCCUGGAUAUGUAUGUCGAUGCAAGUCACACUUCAGGCUAUCCAUUUCCAGCCAGUUAAUCAGUAUGCACUUUUGGCAGCUCAUGUGUCUCAAUCUUACAUCGUACACAUGUACUGGCAUUUGACAUGGAGCACUGCAGUUCGCAUGUUCCAUUGCAUGGUAAAAUGAGGACACCGGGGAUAGCCCGAUCGAUUGAUUGAACUGGAGGUACCACAUCUUAUUCCACUGGUUCCUUCGAGCAUCGGCCAGAUUCUCUUGUGUGUGCAUUGGAUAACUUCCUAGUGACUGGGCAGCUUUUUGUUUCAUGAGAUUAACAGUUUGAGUGGAAGCGUAACUUAUCUCUGGUUGCUUUUUUGUUCACCAACUGCCUACCACACCUUGAGCAGAUUGCAUAUGUGCUGGUGUUUUACUGUCGGCUCAUCCUUCAGAGUUUCGGUUCCCAACUCGGCAGGUUCACCUAUUGACAAACUCGAAAACAAUUCACAGCCAACAGCAUUCAGAGGUUCAGCUGGCCGUUCCAUCCUAAUCCAAACAACAAAAGUGUUCGGGGAGCCUCCGUCUUGGUAUCUCGACGUAGUACUGUGCCGUUGUGCAUGGAUCCCAUCAAAGGACUCCCACCCCCAACAAAAUGCCGAGGAGGAAGUUAUUCCCUCCGUGCCAAAAUAACAGCGGCUCCUUGGGAGAGUUGCUCCAACCAUCUUCCCGGAUUUGGUAUACGUGUGCGCUCAAAUCAUCUUGUAAACUAUCAAGUGAAUGAAUUGUACUGUCCAUUGUCUCCUGAUUUCAGAGAAGAGCAGUUUUUCACCGAUAAACAGAGGCCUUGCAUAACAGUUUAGUCUUCUGGCUUUGUGGCCCUGGUCAUUGUCUUGUCAGUGGGCGUCUCAACUGUACUCUCUCUUGUUUCCCCAGUGUCUGAUUGUGUAAUAUUUCCCACUGCUUGAUGCCACAGUGUACUUGUAUUCUCAGUAAGCACAAAGGAAUUGUACUUUGUAUUCUUUGUGCUGCAGUGCAGGUGGCCUCUUACAGUUUAGAGGUGACUGUUUUUCGAACUUAUCUGAAUUUUGUUUCAUGCA